AUGUCUCUCCCGCCUCAAGCCGUUGAGCGGAUCCGCUCCCUCACAGAGCAGAAUGCCAUCUUCCACGCCUUUGAUUCCUACCCAUGGGCCAAAGACAAGACAUUCAUGUCCGGGCUCUUCGCCCUGCUCGGCGACCCCAACGGCCAGCCCGCACAAGGCUCAUCGCCACGGGACAUGGCAACCCACGCCCGCAUAUUCUACUACGCCCAGAGACUAGGCGUCACCAUCGACUUCACAGCCUACCAGGCCUGGCUCUCACAGCACCCGGACCACCAGCCUCCUGACAUCCUGCCUGACUCGUACCUCGCUAGAAACAGCAGGUCUCAGGAUGCUGUCGCAGAGAGCGCCUCCCUCCCCUGGCAGCAGGCCGCGCCCAAGGACGACCUCUUCAUCGAUAAGAAGGCCGCCGCGAGCCAGUCCCAGGAAGACCAGCCCUCUUAUCCCAUGGCCUUCGCCGAGAUGCUCAAGCUCCUCCAGGAGGGAAAGCCCGUCCCGGGCAUCAGGCAGAUACCCAACACAGUCGUGCGAGAUCCGUCAAUUAAGCCAGUUGGCUCAAGAACGGUGCCCCGGAAGCCCUGGGAGAGAGACAACAACUCUUCAUUGACGGAUAACCCUGUUAUUCCCAAGGCUCUUGAUGUUGAGUUCCCUCCUGUUGAGGCUGAAGCCGAAUCUUUGAAUCAACAACAGAGCACUACUUCAUGA